AUGGUCAGCCCCGGCUCCCCGUCAUCGGCGCCCGCCACUUGGGACCCGGGGAACGCCUCUUCCGCCUGGCCCCCGGACGCGUCCGUGGGAAACGCGUCCGUGGGAAACGCGUCCGCGGGCCCCGGUCCGGCGGGGCUGGCCGUCAGCUGCGUCCUCAUCCCGCUGGUCUACCUGGUGGUGUGCGUGGUCGGCCUGCUCGGGAACUCGCUGGUCAUCUACGUGGUCCUGCGCCACACGGCCGGCCCGUCCGUCACCAGCGUCUACAUCCUCAACCUGGCGCUGGCGGACGAGCUCUUCAUGCUGGGCCUGCCCUUCCUGGCCGCCCAGAACGCCCUGUCCUACUGGCCCUUCGGGUCCCUCAUGUGCCGCCUGGUCAUGGCCGUGGACGGCAUCAACCAGUUCACCAGCAUCUUCUGCCUCACCGUCAUGAGCGUGGACCGCUACCUGGCCGUGGUGCACCCGGCGCGGUCCGCCCGCUGGCGCACGACCCCCGUGGCCCGCGGGGUCAGCGCGGCCGUGUGGCUGGCCUCGGCCGUGGUGGUGCUGCCCGUGGUGGUCUUCUCGGGGGUCCCCAGGGGCAUGAGCACCUGCCACAUGCAGUGGCCCGAGCCGGCGGCGGCCUGGAGGGCCGGCUUCAUCAUCUACACGGCCGCGCUGGGCUUCUUCGGGCCGCUGCUGGUCAUCUGCCUCUGCUACCUGCUCAUCGUGGUGAAGGUGCGCUCGGCCACGCGCCGCGUGCGGGCCCCCGCGGGCCACGGCUGGGUGCGGGCGCCCGCCGCCGCCGGGCCGCAGCAGCUGCGGCGGCUGCGGCGGCGGCGCUCCGAGCGCAGGGUCACCCGCAUGGUGGUGGCCGUGGUGGCCCUGUUCGUCCUCUGCUGGAUGCCCUUCUACGUGCUCAACAUCGUCAACGUGGUGUGCCCGCUGCCCGAGGGGCCCGCCUUCUUCGGCCUCUACUUCCUGGUGGUGGCGCUGCCCUACGCCAACAGCUGCGCCAACCCCGUCCUCUACGGCUUCCUCUCCUACCGCUUCAAGCAGGGCUUCCGCAGGGUCCUGCUGCGCCCGUCCCGCCGCGUGCACAGCCGGGAGCCCGCGGCAGCGGCGGGGCCUCCGGAGAGGACGGACGACAGGGAGGAGGAGGAGGAGGAGGAGGAGGGGGAGGACGGGGAGGAGGGGGACUUCGACGAGGGGAGGGAGGGGGGGCCGAGGAGAGGGAAGGGGAUGAAUGGCGGGAUCCGCCACGCGGCACAGCCCGGCACCAGCAGGCGGGGGCACCCGCCCGGCACGGCCAGGGAGCACCAGCCCCUGCCCCAGCAGCCCUGGGCUGAGGACAAGUCCAGCCGUCGACGCACCAGCUAUCUCUAGAGG